CUCCGAUUGGCUGCAAAGCAAGGGGCCGGUCUUAAAGGCAUAGCUGCGGUUUGCAAAACGAGUAUUUAACCUCCGAACCUAACAGGCAUUUAGCAGCGGAAGCGUUUCGGAUUUAUUUUUUUUUGUUGCAAUCAGGCGCGCCAAUUUCUAAAGCUGGAGAGACAGAAAGGACGCUAUUAAGAGGAAGGAAAGUUGGACAGUCGCGUAUCUGUGCCACCAAGGCACCAAUUUUACAGGUACAGGUGGGUUCUAUUCCCUCCCCAUGGUCUUUAACUUUUGAUGGGCUUUUAUGUAAUACAUGUAUAACUUUCUCUUACCUUCUGGGAGCAAAAAGCAGCGCUCAUUGUUCUCCCUCCCCCCCCCCCCGAUUUAAUACUCAACAACACCCCUGCGAGGUAGGUUAGGCUAGGUAUCUUCAACUUUUUCAGACCCAGGAGGACCCCCUUGUAGCCCAGGCAUGCACGUGGGGAACCGUUUCUUAAUCAUUUACCAUGUAUUUUCACGGUGGUAAUGCUCCUGUUGCAAGCUAUCUUGGAUCAAGCUGUGACCCAUCACUUGAAGACUAGUGGGCUGAGAUAAAGAGAAAGAACGGCCUUUUGAUAGCAGAACUGGGAUCUGAGCCUUGAUUAUUUUUUUUUCAGUCCUGGAGUGAUGGAGGCACUGCCAAUCAAAUCGAAAAAUACAUAGGAAGCUACCUUAUACUCAGACCACUAAUUCAUGUAGCUCAGUAUUGUCUACACUGACUAACAGCAACUCUCCAGAAUUUCAGGCAUGGAACCUUCCCAGCCCUACCUGGAAAUGCCAGGGACUGAACCUGGAACCUCCUGCAUGCAUAGCAGAGAGGCUCUGUCACUAAGCUCCAGUCCUUCCCCAAGUCUGACCUCUCUUGUUGCGCUUCAUAUAAUGAAUCAUAGAAUUGUAGAGUUGAAAAGGACCAUUAGGGUCAUCUAGUCCAACCCCCUGUAAUACAGGAAUCCUUUGCCCAACGUGGGACUCAACCCCAUGGCCCUAAGAUUAAGAGCAGGCAUAGGCAAACUCAGCCCUCCAGAUGUUUUGGGACUACAACUCCCAUCAUCCCUGACCACUGGUCCUGUUAGCUAGGGAUCAUGGGAGUUGUAGUCCCAAAACAUCUGGAGGGCCGAGUUUGCUUAUGCCUGAUUAAGAGUCUCAUGUUUUACCGACUGAGCUGUUGAUGCAAGAGCAUAUUUCCUGCUUUGCUUUCUCUUAAGAUUCUUCCUCUUCUUCUAGGCAGCUGGAUAAAUGCCUCCGAAAGGGAAGAAAAGAGGCCGAGCAGCCUUGACAGGUCAGUGGGGGAGUCAGGCUCAACCAAUAUUAUCCAGAGUUCAGUUUACUUAAAAAAAGUAAAAACUAUUGAUAAAGAAAGAGCCAACUUGGGCUGCAUCUUUUGUGUGCUGCUCUUUUUUUGGCUAUACACACUAAGGGAUGUUGAAAUGUGAGCUACUCAGCACCUGUAGUUAAAAGAUUUAUAUCAGGAAUAGGGAACCUGUGGCCCACCAGAGGUCGCUGGACUGCAACUCCCAUCAUUCCUGACCAUCAACUAUGUUGGCUGAUGGGAGUUGUAGCCCAGCAACAUAGAGAGGACCACAAGUGUCCUCUCCCCCACUGAAUGAUGGAUUUGAUAGUUGGCCUAUUUCUCUGACCUCUCUCCUGCCCAAUAUGUCUGGUUUCACUCAUCCCUGGUCUCUCUCCCCCCCAAAACGCCCUCUCGCCUCUCUGAUCCAGCAGCCUUGCAAAUAAGGCUGCAAAGUUACUAGCCUGCCAAGCAAGUUUAGUAGGUGCUAGCAGCUUGCAGAGGACAAGCAAUGGAUAGAUCUCUCUCUCUAGCACCCUGUUUCAUUAGCAUUGUGAGUCAGGAGGAAAAGGUCUCUCUUCCAGAUAUACCUGGGAAAAACAGAGAUUGAGCCUCGGACCAUUUACAUGCAGCCCCUCCCUUAUAAGAAGCUGCCUUAUACCAAGUCUGAGCAUUGGUCCAUCAAGCUCAGUAUUGCCCACACUGGCUGGCAGUGGCUCUCUGGGGUUUCAGGCCAGGGGUCUCUCUCAGCCCUACGUGGAGAUGCUGGGGACUGAACCUGGAACCUUCUGCACACAAGGCAGAUGGUCUACCACUGAGCUAUAGGGCCCUUCCUCUUCACUUGCCUCCCAGGUCUGUGGCUAAAACCCCUGCCCUGAGCAUUUGGAAUGUUCCUAUGUAUUUCAUGACCUCACAGCAGCACAGCCAAUGACAAAUGAGUCUAGCAAGUAGCAAGCAAGCAGCUGCUGGUAAAUGUGCUGUGUCUGAGCACAAACAGAAGAAAUCAGCAGAAGCCUCCAGCAGGCAAACCACAAUAUCUAGAGAUGGACAUUGUGCGUCCAUUUCCUCCCAGUUACUUAUGAAUCAUUUUCCAAAGUGACUUUGUUUAAUAGAUUAGCUGAAGCCCACCAAGCUGACAUGAUUCUUUGCUCCCCUUCCCACUUUCCUCAUGUCCUUUCAAAAUUCAUCUUCCAAAUACCCGUGGUAUGCCCUCUGAAUUCUUUGGAUCCUUCAAGCUCCAAAAGAACCUGAUUUUAAAGAGGCCAGAUCUGAACUGCAGGGGGAGAGCAAGAGACCCAGAUCGCAGAGAGUCGAGAUGAAAAGCCUUGCAACCGGAAAUAUUGCGGAAACCUCCAAGGUAGAAGCCCAUGCUGAGCAGGACAGAAACAAGAGAGCCCACACCCAUUGGCUAAUGAAAUCUGAACCCGAGAGCAGGUUCGAGAAGGGUGUAGAUGUGAAGGUAAGCAAGCCGCCAUCUAUGGGAGACGUGUGCAUUUCGCUCUCGCUUUUAUUAUUAUCAUUAAUAGUUUUAUGUACAUACAUAACAAUCCCAAAGAAAAAAUAAAAACAAAAGGUUCUCUCGAAGCUUCAGACUACCCUCCCUCCCUGGGUUCCAUUUUUAAAAUUUAUUCCUGCAUCUUUUACUGUAAUCUAUCUAUUAUAUAGGGGACGCGGGUGGCGCUGUGGGUAAAGCCUCAGCGCCUAGGACUUGCUGAUCGUCAGGUCGGCGGUUUGAAUCCCCGCGGCGGGGUGCGCUCCCGUCGUUCGGUCCCAGCGCCUGCCAACCUAGCAGUUCGAAAGCACCCCUAAGUGCAAGUAGAUAAAUAGGGACCGCUUACUAGCGGGAAGGUAAACGGCGUUUCUGUGUGCUGUGCUGGCUCGCCAGAUGCAGCUUGUCACGCUGGCCACGUGACCCAGAAGUGUCUUCGGACAGCGCUGGCCCCUGGCCUCUUAAGUGAGAUGGGCGCACAACCCCAGAGUCGGACACAACUGGCCCAUACGGGCAGGGGUACCUUUACCUUUACCUUUACCUAUCUAUUAUAUGUCCAGAGUAUCUAAAGUUCAUGUUACUUUACAAGAGUUAUUGUAUUCCUGCUAAUGAUUUCAACUGCUUAUAGUGGUCCCUAAGAUAGGUUAUAAAAUUAUUCAGUCCUUACUAAAAAUUUGGUCUUCCUGAUUUCUGAUCUCUCCCAUCAUUUUUGCCCUUUCGGCAUAGUUCGUCAACUUGGUCUGCCAUUCUUCUCUGAUCGGGACUUUAGCUUCUUUCUGUUUCUGGGCUAAGAGCAUCCAUGCUGCUGUCGUCAUGUACAUAAACAGUCUUUUUUUCUCUUUUGGUAAUUCUGCACCUACAAUUCCUAACAAAGCUUCUGGGUUGUUUUUUUAAACAAAAGUUACCUUAAACAGUUUUUUUUUUAAAAAAAUUCAUUAUAUAUCAUUUCCCAGAACUCUUUUUUUUUUUUUUUAAAGCAAUUUAUUGGGUUUUACAAUAAAAAUAAACAUAAUAAACAAUAUAACAUUUGUCUUAACAUAGUUUCACAUUUUCUUUGGACUUCCUCACAUCCCCCGCUCCCACUUUCAUCGUUAUAACAUUUUGUCAGCAAUUUAUCAUCUUAUUUAAAUUCUUAUAUCUCUUCAAUGUUUCAUAAUCUUAUGGUUCUCAUAAAGAGUUAAACUUUCACAGUCUUACUUGUUUUCUUAAAAAACUUCUAAGUUAAGUGGUGCUCAGUUAUUUAGUCUAGCAUCUUAUUUAGCAUUCACUCAAAUCACAAUAUUUUUGUAGAUAGUUCUUAAAUUUCUUCCAAUCCUCCUCGAUUCUCUCUUCUCCCAGGUCACGGAUUCUGCCAGUCAUUUCAGCCAGUUCCAUGUAGUCUAUCAGUUGCAUCUGCCAUUCUUCCAGUGUGGGUAAAUCUUGAGUUUUCCAGUGUUUUGCAAGAAGUAUCCUUGCUGCUGUUGUUGCAUACAUAACACAGCGCGGGUCCUUCUUUGCCACCCCUUGGCUGACAAUACCCAGAAGGAAAGCCUCUGGUUUCUUGGUAAAGGUAUAUUUAAAUACCUUUUUCAAUUCAUUAUAAAUCAUUUCCCAGAACGCCUUCACUUUAGGGCAGGUCCACCAGAGGUGGAAGAACGUUCCCUCACACUCUUUACAUUUCCAACACUUGUUAUCAGACAGGUGGUAAAUUUUUGCAAGUUUAACUGGGGUCAUAUACCAUCUAUAAAUCAUUUUCAUUACAUUUUCUUUCAGAGCGUUACAUGCAGUAAAUUUCAAUCCAUUACUCCACAACUUUUCCCAGUCCUCAAACAUAAUAUUAUACCCAAUGUCCUGUGCCCACCUUAUCAUAGCCGAUUUAACCAUUUCAUCUUGUGUAUUCCAUUCCAACAGCAAGUUAUACAUCCUUGAAAGUACCUUAGUCUUUGGUUCUAACAAUUCUGUUUCUAAUUUCGAUUUCUCCACCUGGAACCCUAGUUUCUUAUCAUUUUUAAAAACUUCUUUAAUCUGAGCGUAAUGUAACCAAUCUCGCACUUUGUCUUUCAUUUUCUCCAAACUCUGCAAUUUCCAAUUGUCUCCAUCUUUUCUAGUAUUUCCCAAUAUUUUGGCCAUUUAGCCUCCAUAUUGGGUCUUUUUCGGGCCUUAGCUUCCAAAGGUGAAAGCCACCUUGGUGUUUUAUUUUCCAGCAAGUCUUUAUAUUUUGUCCAGACAUUAUUUCCCAGAACUCUUUUACCACCCCACAUGUCCACCACAUAUGGUAAAAGGUGCCUUAUUUCUUUUUGCAUUUCCAACACACAUUUGAAGCAGUUCUAUACAUUUUUGCUAGUUUAUUAGGUGUUAGAUACCAGCGGUACAUCAUUUUCAAAUAAUUUUCUUUCCGUGUAUAAAAGGUAAAGGUAAAGGACCCCUGAUGGUUAUGUUGAGUCGCAGACGACUCUGGGGUUGCGGUGCUCAUCUCGCUUUACAGGCCAAGGGAGCCGGCGUUUGUCUGCAGACAGUUUUCCAGGGCAUGUGGCCAGCAUGACUAAGCUGCUUCUGGCGAGACCAGAGCAGCACAUGGAAAUGCCAUUUACCUUCCCGCUGGAGCAGUACCUAUUUAUCUACUCGCAUUGGUAUACUUUUGAACUGCUAGGUUGGCAGGAGCUGGGACCGAGCAAUGGGAGCUCACCCCGUCGCGGGGAUUCGAACCACCGACUUUCUGAUCGGCAAGCCCAAGAGGCUUAGUGGUUUAGACCACAGCGCCACCCACAUCCCUAUUUUCAAUGUAUAGUAAGCUGUAAAUUUUAAAUCUUCUUUCCAUAACUUUUCCCAUAAUAAAAGCUGUAUAUUAUAACCAAAAUAUAUUGCCUAGUGUAACAUUACAGAUUCACUCUCUGUCUGUCUGUCUCUCCAUCUGCACGCUCUACUCACCAACCCCACCAACCCCUUUGCUCCUCACACCUGACCAACCUCCCCUUCCUUUAUAUCUCGCCCACCCCCAGAAAUCACCCCAAGCCCCUCAUGCCUCACUUAGGGCAGACCAAACCUUUCAAAACUGCACAGAUCUUUUUUUUGGGAGGGGGGGUGUCUUAAAAUUACCAAGCAACACCAGGUAUAAACAAGGCUGCCAGUAAUAAAUGAAAUGCUGAACUUUUCUUUUCUUUUUUAAAGGCGCAAUUAGGCAUUUUGGGUAAUGUAUGUUUAUUUUAUUUUAUUAUCCAGUUUGGCAUUGAAGAUUUAAAAGCUCAACCCAAUCAGACAGCAUGCUGGGACGGAGUCAGGAAUUACCAGGUAAGUAAAGUCAACUGUAGCAAUGGCAUUGAUCAAUAAAUUUAUUCUCACAAAAAAAAAAAGUAGGUUUCUGAGCAGCAAAUAGCUAUUCUGGAUGGAUGUGAUAUUGCGUAGAUUCUAAUCAACUUACCUUCCAAUCAAAGUUGACAGUGGGAGAACACAGAUAUGCUUUGGCACUUUAAAGUUCUGCUGUCCAUUUCCACCUUUUAUUUUUGCCUGUGCUGUUGAUAUUUAAGACAAGUUGAGUUGCAAAUUCAACCCAUCGUUUCUAGCAUUAGUGAGAAUGAGCCUAGGCCGGGAUGUGUUUUUGAACUCUGAUGAUGUUCCGUGCUUGCCUGGAUGGGAUAGGUGAAUGUGUCGAAACUAGUCAAGCAAAGAAAGGUAAAAUCCAUGUAUUUUGCUCUGCCCCCUCUGGUCUCUGGCCCCACCCACCACUGGCAUGUGGCCCCUGGAAGGUUUCCCAGAAGAGAAUGCGGCCCUUGGACUGAAAACGGUUCCUCUUCUCUGGGUUAGCACGACGUCUGGAUUGAUGAGUAAUGGUUUAUAAUCAGCUAGCAAACCAGAACCAGAAACCAUGGUUUGUUAUCCAUUGUUGGCUAUAACUAUGGUUUGGUGCAAUGUUUGAACUGACAGAUCACAGUCCACCUCUUGCUUUGCCAGCUCCCUGGAGACCAGGGUGCUGAGGAGGUCCUGUGGAAAAGGAAAGCGAUCAAAUAGUUCUAAAACUAUGGUUUGCCUGUCUGUGAGUUCUGGCUCCCUGCAUCGAGUUCUAAACAAGGGUUAGCACAAUCCAUGGCUUAAUAUAACUGAACUGAACUUUGAGUCCCCUGCUUACCUCACAUCCUCUCCUUCAAAAUAUGAGGCAUGGUGGCUAUAGUGCUAAUUACCUGCAAGGAGAUAUGGAUUAUCUGUAGCCCUUCUGUCUGGUGGUGUCAGUAAGAUGGUCCCUGCUCUUCUGUUUUGGCAGGCACGGAAUUUCCUGAAGGAUAUGAAAGCUGGCCAGGAAGCCUUCUUCUACCACAGCAACUGUAAAGAGCCCGGGAUUGCUGGCAUUAUCAAGGUGAGAGGUACCAGGGCUGCUUGGCAGGGGUUGGACUCGAUGGCCCUUGUGGUCUCUUCCAACUCUAUGAUUCUAUGGUUCACAACUGUGUGAAAUAACAAUAUUAAAACCCAUUUAAAACAAAUUAGUUUCAGGAAUAGGGGUGGCUCCCAAAAAUAGACAUAUAUCUUAGGUGUCAAAGAGAAGUGCAUCUUCAGUGUGCAGUUCCUAACACCCUAGAGGGUCUGCAGGGAAGGAGAUGGUCUUCCAGCUAUUUGGGGCCUAAGUCCUGUUGUUACAGAGGAGAGCUGGAAGUUCUGAUAUGGAACAUACAGUUGGCAAAUUGCCUCAAAUUGCAGUCUUUUUCAGUUGAGUGGGUCGCACAUUUGGAUCUGAGUGUCAAGUCACAAAUGAUGAUGACUAUCUCAAAGCAGUGUCUACUCUGCGGUUAUUCUCAGUUUGCGAGUCAUCCUCUGGUUGUGCUUCUCUCCCGAAUUCUAGAUAGUGAAGGAGGCGUAUCCUGAUCACACCCAGUUUGAAAAGAAAGAUCCUCACUACGAUGCUUCCAGCACCAAAGAGAAACCCAAAUGGUUCAUGGUAAGAUUGCUGUUGCUUGGCAAAUGGGUUUUCAACAAUCGGCUCUGGUUAGGCACGGCUGGCUCCAAUCUCAUCAUGCGUAUACCAGGGUUAGGGAAAUUCUUUGGCAGAGCAACAGACUUGACUCUUCCUUCUGCACACCAGCCAUGCAGGAGUCAGAGGUUUCCAGACAGAGCACACAGGGCCGUCUUAACCAUAGGUGCCAGGGGUGCAGGGCACCCAGGCACCGGGCUUUCAGGGGCGCCAGGCCAAAAGUCUGGGGCCCAAGAGUUGGCAUCCGGAGAAUAGCCCACCUGUCGGUCGGAGCGCCAUGGCGGGCUCUUCUGCUGUGGGUGGCUCUGCGCUGCAAGUUCAGGGGCAAGCGAGCCAGCAAGACACUGAGGUGGCCAGCUGGCUCUGCCCUCCUGCAUGCCCAGGAUUGGCACAGGACCAUGGAGAAGCCUGUCCAGCGCAUGCUGCUUACACCACGAGGUGCCCAGCUUCUCUCAGAGAUAAGCGUGGUGUCAGCAACCUAAAAAAAGGUUGACAGCUUUGGGGAACCUUUCCUUAAAAAAGGUCAACAACUUUGGGGUUCUCCCCCUAAAGAAAGGUCAACAACUCUGGACAACCAGGGGCGGGGCGCCAGGCAGAUCUUUGCACCACAUAUGCUUAAGAUGGCCCUGAGAGCACAGCUCUCUGUAUCCUCCAUCCAGGCUGGCAAGAGGCAUCGCUUGCAGUCCAAGGACACAUUCCAGCCAGGCAAAAGCAUUUGAGGAGGCUGUGGAACAGGGUCAGGAAGGUUUAGCCUGGGGAGAGGCUUCAGAGGCCUCAUAUGGAGAUACUGCGGGUCACAUUUGACCCUGAGGGGCCCGACAGUUCCCCAUCCCUCGUGUCAAAGAUGGAAGUGGGACAAAUAAUGCUCCUUUUGUUCCUCUUUAAAACAGCCACAAAUGAGUUAUUUUUGUAUAUGUGGGCUUGUAAACAAGGCAAAUGGUGCAUUACAAACUUGUGGGGUUUUUUUGCAAGGCUGAAAAUAAAUCUCCUUCCAUUGCAGUAAGUCUCACAGCUAAGUAUAUCUCGCAAAUGAUAUAUACUAUCAGCCUCCUUUUCUAAAGCAUUAAUUAAUGGAUGCUUUUCUUCCAAAAGAGGGAUGUUUCGAGCAGUCUUCUACUCCUACUCAUUCUGCUUAAUAUUUCACAUCACCCGGCAAGAUGCAGAGACAAAUCCUUCCAUUUCUCUCUGAGCUUCUCUCAUUCAGAGUGUUAAUGACUCUUCACUCACUUUUGAAUAACUAACUGCUCUGCACAGCCGGCAAAGGGGAGGCAGAAUUUUCUUGCAAAGUGCCUCCCAAUACCAGAUAGGACAAUCUUGGCAGCCGCAAUUCUGCAGGUAGAAGAGCAAAAGUUGCAGACCCCAAGGUCCGACUCCCUCCCCUGAUGGAUGCUCCUUCCUUUGUGCUUACAGGUGGACGUCCAGUUUAUGCGAAUGACCAAGCGGUUCAUCCCUCUGGCUGAGCUGAAACUUCACCACCAGACGCACAAAAUCUCUGGAGGGCCCCUGAAAGAUGCGGCUCUUUUCACCAGGCAGAGGCUCUCGGUCCAGCCCCUGACGGAUGGUAAGACUGUUUGCCACUUUGCUAGAUGUUCACCUACACGAUUGCAUCUUCAAAGCAUCACUUGAUGCAAGGGAUGGCAGCUCUUCCCUAUCCUGCCAACCAAAACAACAAUAAUAACCCAAAUCAGGCUGCCCAUUCAGCCAUUGGAGGCUAAAGAUGCAGGAAUGCUUAACUCGUACCCCACCUUAGCUUUACCUGCGUUUUAACUUGCCGGGUGCCCCCGUUUUGGGGAGAGCAUAAGAGCAGCUGUGCUGGAUCAGGCCAGUGGCCCACCUAGUCCAGCAACAUGUUAUUACAGUGGCCAACCUGAUGCCCCAAUGGGAAGCCCCAAAGCAGGACCCAAACACAGGAGCACGUUCCCCUCUUGCAGCUUCCGGCAACCUGGUACUCAGAAGUGUCACAGUCAAACAGGUGGGGCCAUGUCCUUGGCAAAAGACUUUCCUUAUCCCAGGUGCCUCCAGAUGCUGCUGAACUUCAUCUCCCUCCCACCCCCUGCAAUCUGUGGCUGGAGGAGUCCAACAUCUGGAAGGCACCAGGAUGGCUACCCCUGCCUUAUCGCACCUUUCUCUGUUUUCUUUUAAAGAGCAGUUUGCAUUCAUUUUGAGUCUGGAAGAGGAAAAGCACUGAGAGAUGCACCGAAUUGCUAUCGCUUUGGCUGAGCUGCUGCUGCUGCCGCAAAAAAACCCCAAAAACAGUUUGUUCCUGAACAACGGUGUGCUUUAACUGGUUGGAGAGGUGACCUUCGAAAACCACCAGUGCCUGGUUAUAGCUGCAUUUGUUAUCUGCAGCCUUCUGUUUUGUUUGCUUUAAAUUACAUUUUUAAUAUGUGUGC